GGCCCAAAUGCAGCCGGCGAGUUGGAAGAGGCGGCGGCGGCAUCAAAAUGGCGGUCGCGACCCGAGGGCUGACUGUGAGUUUCUAUGGUAACCGCCGUGUCCCCACUAUUACCCCUCCCCCUUUCCUCCUUGCGUUAUCCUUCCCUCCCCCCUCGGCCUUGGGUGGCCGAUAUUGAUUUAACUGCUUGUUUAAUAGGAGCGCGCCUUCCGUUUCCACACUGUUCAAAACUAUUGGUCCUUCAAACCCCGCUCCUUGCAACAGUAUCUGCCUUGUUCAUUAUCUGUUGCUUUUGACGUUAGUGCCCUUCCCGUUUCCUACCCCGGGAAAAAUCUGCCGGCAUUUGUGUGGUUCCGUCCUUCUGAUUUUGGGCACCCCCACCCGAUUAAUUAUGGAGUGAUCGUAUUUGGGAUGUUAAUGAUUUUCGUGCAAAUAGCCAGUCUAUAAAUACCAAUAUUACAGAUUUGUGUUAUACAUAACUAUAAUGGUAACGUUUAUUGGAUACCCCAUAAGGGAAAAGGGCAUAUUUUUAUUUACAACAUUACAGAUUUGUGUUAUACAUAACUAUAAUGGUAACGUUUAUCGAAUAUAUGGGAAAUAAUUGUGUACAGCUGAAAACACUGGCAGCAUUAAGAUAAAUUCAACAGUGUAAAUAAGUUUUGAUGGAUGCAGUAAUGGAAUACUGAACGAUAUAGUUUCUAUGAAAUAGGCAGGGAUUCAUGAUAUGUAAAAUGAACCAUGGAAAGAGAAGAAGGGAAGUCAUUGAUAACUUAAGGAUGUAAAAUGAGUAUUUUAAAUUGUAAAACAGAAAAUGUAAUAAUAAAAAAAGUACUGUGGGUUAAACCACAGAGCCUAGGACUUGCCGAUCAGAAGGUCGGCAGUUUGAAUCCCCACAACGGGGUGAGUUCCCGUUGCUCGGUCCCUGCUCCUGCCCACCUAGCAGUUCGAAAGCACGUCAAAGUGCAAGUGGAUAAAUAGGUACCGCUCUAGCGGGAAGGUAAACGGCGUUUCAGUGCACUGCUCUGGUUCGCCAGAAGCAGCUUCGUCAUGCUGGCCACAUGACCCGGAAGUGCUACGCCGGCUCCCUCGGCCAAUAAAGCGAGAUGAGCGCAGCAACUAAUGGUCAGGGGUCCCUUUACCUUUACUGUGACAUAGUGGGCGCAAUCCAUGCUAAGUUAGAUGAACAUCAGUUGGAUUUAUGUUUUUAGUAACUUAGCUCAGUAGUUUCAGUGCUGUGGGGGAUAAAUGCAGCUAACUUUGACUGCAGUCUUAACCUCUCUUACUUGGGAGUAAGUCCCAUUAAAUUCACUAGGACUUACUUCUGAGCAGACAUAGGAACGUAAGCUUUGUUUUUUUAAAAAAAUAAUAUUUAUUGAUUUUCCAACCAUUUACACACAAUAAAACAGAAAAAAGAAAAAAGAAAAAGAAAAAGCAAAGAAGAAAAAGAGAAAAAACAUAAGAUUAACAAAACAAGACGCAAACCAUUUAAAGCACAAAACAAUUUCAAUGUCUUAACUUUCAUUCCCUUAUUUCCACGACCUCCUCACACCUCCCUUUUUGUAUUCCACUUCUAUUAAUUGUUUCAGCAAUUCCUUUCCAUCUUCCUCUGUUUUCUAUCCUAUAAUUAUCUUAACAUAUUCUAAUCUUAUUUUUCCCUUUAAUACUCUAUUAGUCUAUUUAUACUUAAUUCCUUAUAACAUUUCUACUAAAGCCAUAUAACUUCAUUCCAACAUUUUUCUAACAUUCAUUAUUUUUGCAAUAUUUCUAUACAUAGUCUUAAACUUUUUCCAGUCUUCUUCCACCGACUCUUCUCCCUGGUCUCGGAUUUCUGCCAGUCGUUUCCGCCAAUUCCAUAUAGUCCAUCAACUUCAUCUGCCAUUCUUCCUGAAUAGAUAAAUCUUGUGUCUUCCAGUACUUCACAAUGAGUAUUCUUGCUGCUAUUGUUGCAUACAUGUGACAAAUUCUAUCCUUCUUUAACACCAAUUGACCGACCAUGCCCAGAAGAAAGGCCUCUGGUUUCUUCAAAAGGGUAUAUUUAAAUACCUUUUUCAUUUCAUUAUGAAUCAUCUCCCAGAGUGUCUUAAUCCUUGGGCAUGUCCACCAAAGAUGAACUCUAAUCCUCAAAUUCGUCUGUUUUUCCUUAAGUUCAGUCAUAGCGAGCGUCAACUUAUGUUCAUCAAAUUGCCUCUGUAGGGCUGGGGCUGUCUUUCUCUUUCUCGCCAGUUGUGUUUCUGUACCUUCAACAGCAACAGCUUUUUCCUUGACUUCCUCCGCAGCUUGCCAUAUCAAAAUAGGUUCUUGUAUCAAUUUCUGGGUGGUUUCUGUAUUGGUAUUGUCCAUACUCCCUGCAUUCAAAUCAACCUCAACAAUUGAAACGUCCACUUUCGCAUUUAUCAUGUCCAUUUUCCUGUGAAGCUGAUCCAAUGAGUCAUUUAUCUUAUAUAAUGCAGCCACCAAAGCCUCUUCUGUCGACAUUCCUCUUAGUUUCAAAUGUACUAGUACAGAGACAACAACAAAAAAAACAAGAGGGCCUAAUAUUAGACCUCUCCUGGAUUGUUACCAAGUCCUCCCAGACCUUAAUGUUUUAUCAACAGUUGACUGGUCUGUUUUUCCUCUUCCAUUUACCAUGACAUUUGAAAGAUUCAAGGUUAGUCCCAGAGUCUCACGGUUUUUAACUUGCAGCUGGAAAUUCCCCUAGUCCAACUCUUGUAAAUCAACCAGUUUCAAAGCCUUCCACUAGGGGGAAACAGUUUCUAUUUUUUAACAGUCAAUAGUAUCCUCUUUUAAGCAAUCCAAAGUUAGUUUCAAAUUAGUUUCAAUUUUCAGUUACUUUUACUCCUUUUUAAAGCAGCCGGGAACAGUAGAAACAGUGUAUUUCUCUUAUUUAGCUAGCUGUCAAUGAACGUUCAAAGCGCUGUCAAUGAACAUUCCAAGAGACGUCAAUCCUACUAGCAGCCCGUUUCCAGGGUCAGAGCGGCGGUGUUUUAAGCCUCUUCGCUCUCUCCCACAGGCAUACUCAAUCCGCAACUUCCCCCUCUCUUCUCCUGCCUCCAAGAGGGGGUUUAAUGUUCUUUACCGUUGGAAAUUUGAUCUUUUACAAAAGACCUUCCAGGGCUCCAGCUUGCAACUUCAUUGCCUCAGUCUAUUUACAAAAAGGGAAGGCGGACUUCCUGUUUUGAACCUCCCCGUUACGAUACCUAAUUAAACUUUUAGAAAUCCAAUUCUUCCGUUUCAGCUCUACUCACGGGUAAUUACUUUAAAGUCAAAUUGUCCACAGGAAAAGGUCAGCGCUCUCCGGCAACAGCUAUGCGGCUUCACUCCGUGGAAGAAGCAGACGAUUCGAUGCACCGCGCCGCUCACCCCACGUCGCUCCGGAGCCCCAAAAACCGGGGUUCCCCGUGAGUGGGGGAGGCGCAAAAGGUGCCCGCCGAAUCCCACGUUCACAGGCUUCUCCCGCCUGUGAUUUUAACGGGUCUCCGCCUUCGCCGUGGCGGCCAGACCCAGAUUUCCACGGAGCAGAUUCCUCCCGGUCAGAGGAAUUCUGCCAUUAUCGGAGGCGCCUCCCCCGGAAGUCGGAACGUAAGCUUUGGUCCAUCUAACUCAGUGUUGUCUGCACACCGACUGGCAGAAGCUCUCCUGGGUUUCAGGCAGGGAGACUCCCCCAGGAGAUGCCGGGGUUUUGAACCUGGGACCUUCUGCAUGCAAAGCAGAUGCUCUUAUCACCAAGCUACAGCCCUUUCCCAAACACAAUGUGGUUAGGAUUAUGCUGUUACAAUGCUUCUGUAUAAGGCACUAUCUUGCAGACAAAUAGCUGAGUGCCUCCCCACCACCCUGCUGUGUUCUUGAUUAAUUCUAAACUACUUAGAAGUCAUUUUGGCAUAUAAGCAGGAUAUACAUUAAUAAAUGAAUAAUUGGCCCACCAGGCUUCACACAAUGCAUGGUUUAAGUCUUCUUUUCAUAGCUAUACCACUGUUUCUGGUCCACACCAGUGAUACAAUUUUCCCAUGUUGUGUGUUCAUAGAAUUGUAGAGUUGGAAGGGACUCCAAGGGUCGUGUAGCCCAGCUCCCUGCAAUUCAGGCCCCACCCCUCAAUUGCUACCACUCCCACCCCUUCCCUCCACUCUGUUUUCACAUUCCUGGAAUGAUAUUUCUGUACCUCUGUGCGUGCACUUAAAAAAAAAAAAGUCACAGGAAGUGUGCAAGAGCACAAGAUUUCCAAGGGUGCUUCCAGACUGUUGCUAUUUUGGGGUGGGAUUCACUCACAUUGUGGUUGCACAGUUGGAUGUCUUGCGCAGUAAGCCUGAUUACUUUCAAAACCCAGACUUCCUGAAAACAGGAAAGGGGGGUGGAAAUCCAUUGGAAAAUGUGGGAUCGCUUGCUUGCUUGGUGCAGCGUCUUCCCCUGAAGACUUCCCCUGAAACAAAUUGGGACCAAUGCUCAAUAAACAAGUCGUCCAGAAGUGCCCCAAAGAUUACCAGCCCUUAGUUACCACGUUCUGCAGCAGAGGCUUGGGCUUUUUUGUGGUGUGUGUGUGUAUGUGUGUGUGUGAAUAUGUGAAUAUAUUUUAUCAUGGAGCUUAAAACAGCGCCCAUGUGGUGGCCACCAAUUCAGAUGCUGCUCAGACUCAGCCUUGCUUAACUUCAGGUAAUGGUCUGAUGUGUCUUACAACCUUGCCCAUCACUGCUUAGAAAUUUUCUCAUGUGGUAAAUAAAUACCUGAAAGAAAUAAUAGAUUUGGUUGUUUUGGGGAUUUAAAAAAAUAUUUUAUUUUAUUUUACAAAAAGUUUCUGUCUUUGUUUUGAAAGGAGUGGCCUGGCUAUGUAGGGGUGAGUGUGAGCAUUAGCUGAAGGUAAAAGAUGAUAUCCAAAACUCUCCUCCACCCUCUCUAUAGCACAGAUUAGGAGAUACCUUUCAACUUUAUAGCAAUCCUUGUGGGAUGAGGAAGCAAAAAAAGGCGUGUAAGAAGUCAGAGAGUUAAACCUGUUUUAGUGACCUAAUUGCUGUUUGUUUUGCUGCUGUGCUUAAGGAAUGCCAGGAGUUCAUCUCGCCUUGCUCCCCACCCCCAGCUCCAUUUGGGAGUAUAGUUCCCCCACCGCCCCAUUGCCUGAUGAAGGCUAAAUUUGGGCUUAAAACAGCAUGGUAAUGAAUGUUAGGUCAAGUGGAGUUUGUCAGGGACUUUGACAUGUGAGACAGACCAUGAAGAAAAACCAAAGACAUUCUUGAAGUUUUAUGGCUUUUUAAAAUUGUGUUUGAAGAUAAUCCUUAUUUUACUUACUACGUUCAUCGAGUUACGUCUGUGUAAAACAAUUCAUAUUGAUAAGCAUCUGCAGGCACAGUUCUGCGGCCACCCCAUUUAACUUUUCUUCCAGUUGCACAAAUCCUACUAUGUAAAACAUUCUGGCUAUUCUCCUUUAAUUUAAAAUACCACAGUCCACUAGGAUUCCAGUUGUCCCCACUGAAGAAGAAGGUACUCUUGUGUGACUUGUUAACCCCAGCUCUCUUAUAGGUUACUUGAGACAGUGUGAGACAGUGUGAGGUAAGAGUCCUUUUUGGGCACCAAAGCCAUUGGGUCAGCCUUCCCUAACCUGUGGCCCUCUCGAUGUUGCAGGACUGCAGUUCCCAUCAUCCCUGACCACUGGCCAUGCUGGCUGGAGCUGGACUGAGAACUCUUCUUGAGAAGUUGGAAUGUCCAUAGAUAGUCCGUAACACCAGAGCUGCUCAGCCAAUAAAGGUUGGAGGUAGAGCUUGUCUUCUGAGGGCCAGUGGCUGUUAUGUGGCAUCAGGACAUCAGAAGUCCAUCUAGCAGAGUGGUGGGGUACCUGUGGCCCUCCAGAUAUGGCUGGGCCUCAACUUCAUUCAUCCUUAACUACUGGCCAUGCUGAUGAAGUUCAGCAACAUCUAGAGAUCCCAAGAUUGUGUCAGAACAGCAUCAGUGCCAUGAAGGCAGCAGGAGACAGUAUGAGAUUGGCCAAGCCAGGUUUAAUAUUAGGAGCUUGGCCUUUUGACCUUGCUCAUUCAACAGAGCAGACCAUCGUUUAGGGAACAGCCAUGGCUCAGUAGUCAAGCCAUGUAUAGGCAGGCCCAGGAAAGACUGUUCUCUGAGACUCUGGAGAGCUGCUUCCAUCCCAUCAGUGGAUUGAGGGACCUGUGAGGCCCUCCAAAUGUUUUUCGGACUCCAACUCCAGCCAGUGUCACCAAUGGCCAGGGAUAGUGGAAGCUCCUUGGGUGGCCAUCUGUCAUGUAUGCUUUAGCGGUUGGACUUGAUGACCCUUGGGAUCCCUUCCAACUCUACAGUUCUAUGAUUCUGUGAACAUCUGGGGGGUCCCAGAUUUCUCAUUCUUGGUGUAGACAAUAUUGAGGCAGAUGGACUGACUUCCUGUGUUUGUGCACAAUUGCCAGGCCAGCAGUAGCCUCUCAAGGUUUAAAUUCAGCUGGUAAAAUUCUUGUGGCUUAGCUGUUAGCUCAGACUUGUCUGCCAGGUUACAGUGUGCUCCCCUGGGUUAACCCAAGACCCCCUUCCCCUUGAAUAGGCUACACUGGACUGAAGCAACACUCUGUGCCUUCGGUAUUUCCUGUGGGGGUUUAAGCACAGCAUGCAACCGACAGCUUCAAGGUUGUUUUGUGUGCAACCGUAAUACCCCGCAGGGGGCUCCAAGCCUGCGCAUUUUAAGCAGCUGUCAGACGCUUCAAAAUAUUCCUUUCCUUCACCCCUGCACCCUGUGCCUUUAUUUCUGUUUUCUUUUAAGCAAUUGUUGCUUGAACUUCUUCAGUCCUAAAUUCCUCCAGUCUUCACUUCUUCUUGAAGUUCUCCCUGGGGUGCAACUAACCUGGCCUAGUUUAAUAGGUAGUGCUUGCUGGUAAGCGACCGGAUUACUGUGAAAACAAAUGGCCUGUGGGUCCCAGCUGCUUUGUUUACUUGUCUUUUUAAAAAAAGUUAAUUUAAAAAAGGGGGGGCAGAAAUGAUACUAGCAAUAAAGCUGGAUUGGCUCCCAUUUGCUACACUGGCUGAAAGGAGCAGUGAGGUUUUAAAAGUGAGUUGCAGCCUAAGCCUCGGUGUGCAUGAGCUGUUCUAAUUAGCAUUUGUUUUGAUUAGUAUGGUGAAAGUUGCUGCAGGGACUGGGAGUCGCAGACACUGUGCCGUUACAGUUGAAAUUUCUCCUUGGGGAUAUGAUGAGCAAGUUCUUUCCAAACCUUUUUGCUUUUUCUAAUAUGCAAACUUCAGAGUAUGUUCAUGUUGCUGCUUGUUCUGCAUCCGGUUCACCCCUAUUGCUAGCUUUUCAACCCUAAUCUGCACAACAUUAGCCACCAUCCAUGCUGAUCCUGUAGUUUCUUGACAAAUACUGCUGUUUGAUGCAUUAUUUUCUCAAACCAGCUUCAAUCCGACUAGAAAAACGAGUCAGCAGUGAUGUGAACAUCACACACACACACACCUUAGCACUUUAUGAAUGGAGGUGCAAAGUGAGCUUUGCAAAUUGUGGCUUACGUCAGCCACAGUUGUGACCUCAGUGUUGUGGUUUGUAGAACUAUGGUUUGCCCAAACCAUUGUUUACCUUGCAUGAACAAAAUAGCAAACUGUGGUUUGCCACAAAUCAUCAAAAGAGGAGAUACUAUAGCCAUCUUCAAAUACCUAAAGGGCUGUCACAUGGAAGCUAGCUUGUUUUCCCCUGCUCCAGAGGGAAGGACUCGAACCAAUAGCUUCAAGUUAUAAGAAAGGAGAUUCUGACUAAACAUCAGGAAGAGCUUUCUGACAGUAAGAGUUGUUUGACAGUCUCCCUCGGUACGUUGUGGACUCUCCUUCCUUGGAGGUUUUUAAGCAGAGGUUGGAUGGCUGUCUGUCAUUGAUGCUUUAGUUGAGAUUCCUGCAUUGCAGGGAAUUGGACCAGAUGACCUUUGGAAUCCCUUCCAACUCUACAAUUCUAUGCUUCCAUGAAACAGUAUUGAAAGAGGGGUUGGGUAUAACCAUUACCACAAGCGCAAAUCGUCAGGAGGGCACAAUAAAAAGGAUGCCUGGGAGGGGACCUAAGAGAGCAAGGACUGAAUCCCUAGUCUCCUUGCUCCAUUGCCUUUCUACCUGCUUUGAGACAGAAGCCCUGGUUGCUCUGACAAAUGGGUCAGAAGGUUUCACUGUCCCUUAUCUAAAUCUGAUUGGGCUGUGCCCUCUGCUUGAAGGACACGGGUUUUCAUCCAAAGGGACUAAAUUGAGCUCUCCUGGGUCUACCAGACCAUACAGUCAUGUUAAUGGAAGGCCAGCUGGCUCUUAUCAUUCCCUGAUGAGAAAAGACUGCUGUUCCUCGAUCAGUAUUCCAUUUUAUGAACACUGCUAGAAGAAAGUGCUAUUAAGUUAUUUUUUGGAAUAAGGUUCUGUAUGUGAUUAACCUGCUGGUAAACUGUCCCAGCCCUUUCUGGAGAAGCCAGGGAUUGAACCUGGCACCUUCUGCAUUCAAAGCAGAUGCUCUCCCACUGAUCCUCGGCCCUUCCCCAAGUGUUAGCUGCUGGUGCCUACAAAGCACCUACAACUGCCCUUUUGGGGUGCUUGGCUUGGCCUCUUUCUAUCUGAUUGUUUGUUUGUUUUGUCCUGAUUAAUGGUGUAGAAUUUAUUUCCAUGUGCUCCACACUGUAAUGAGCCAGAUGGUGUUUCUGCAAACUCUGAAACAAGGAGAAAUAAACACUUAAUACUGCUGAGUUGGCAGAAAGGAAGAGAUGGUGGUGGAAACUCUCUCUCUCUCUCUCUCUCUCUCUCUCUCUCUCUGUGUGUGUGUGUGUGUGUGUGUGUAGAAGUACCUGGCCUACCUCUGAAAUGGAAAUAAAUACAGUGGUACCUCAGUUUUCGAAUGUAAUCUGUUCCGGAAGACCAUUCGGAAAAACAUUUGGAAACAGCUGUGCAAAAAUUGGUCUGCCAAUUUUUUAAUAGAGAAAAUUGAAAAAGAUAACAUAUACACUCAGCGGAAGCUGUUGGACUUCCAAUCCGUGUUCGAAAACGGAAGCAUUUAUUUCUGGGUUUUCGAAGUUCGAAAACCAAAAUGUUCGACUUCCGAGACAUUAAAAAACCAAGGUACCACUGUAAACGGAGGAAGAAUUGCAAUGCGCUGGGUCCACUGAAUUAUUCUGAAAUGAGUUUAGCCUUAUGUGGUGGGUGCCCAGCUGACUGGGCUCUGACUCGGGCCAGCAAAACAGUUUGCUAAAAAUACACUGCUAGUCAUCCAGGCAGUCAGUCGGUGCCCUUUCUCUCGGGGCAGUUUGCUCAGUCAAGGAGAUGCAAUCACUUCAUGGAACCACAGGACUGUAGAGCUGAAAGGGACCCCCAAGGGGCUUUUGAUCCAGCCCCCUGCGACGCAGGAAUCACAGCUAAAGAGUCCCUGACAGGUGGUCACCCAACCUCUGUUUAAAAACCUCCCAUGAAGGAGAGUCCACCGCCUUCCAAGGUGUUUGUUUAAAAAGUGUUUUCUUUUACCUUUGCAUGUACUCCCCCAACUCCCCUCUGCCUCCUCUCUUCUUCCUGCAUUGAGAAACCAAGGGAUGGCGAAGUUAGAGGGGGUGACGAUAUUUGGGGGAAAUACGAUUCCUGCAAGCAGACGUUUUCUCUAAAAUUGUGUUCUCUUGAAUCCCAGGCGUCCCAGCAUCUCCGGUGGGUGUGGGAAGGGGUAGAGCUCAGGGGCGGAGUGUCUGUUUGCAUGCAGGACGUCCCAUGCAAUUCCCUACAUCUGCAGGUGGGGCUAGUAGAGACCCCCUGCCUGAAACCCUGGAGAGCUGCCGCCAGUCAGCGAAGACAAUACUGGGCUAGAUGGACCAAUGGUGUGUGACGCUCAGUUCAAGGCAGCCUCCUAUGUCUGUCGUGUUAUAUUUUUAACUUCACAAGACUGUUAUCCUGUGAGCGGUGGGGAGAGGUUGCAGAGAGAGGAUUUGAGCCAAUGUAAGGCGCUUUGGGAAGCCAAACAGGUGGCAAAUCCUUCUUUUAUCUGUAAAAAACGGCAGGAAAAUGACAGCGUAUCCGUAACAUCGCAAACCCGCUCCCCCCUUUUAACAGGCCUGCCUCCCACUGAGAUGGUUUUCCUCUGCUUGGUUAAUGUUUGCUUCAGCACUUCAGCUGCCAGGGUGGGGGCUGGCGGCUGGCCAGGCAUGAAUUUUGUGGGGGGGCUUGCUGAUUUCCUCAUCCCCAUCAGCUCAGGAGCAAGCUAGCCGUCAGUGUGGCCUGGACCUGGAGGAGACAGCGAGAAAUCAUAAUGAUUAUUUUGUUGUUGCUGAGAAAGGGCAAAGGGAGGCACGUUGAUGGUUUUGCGGCGAUGGGACGUGACAGAGAAGGGGGGGGGUCACAGGGUGGUUGCCAUAGCAACAACUCAGCCGAGUGACAGGGAUGCAGAUGGAGAACUGCAUCUUUAUAAUUUUUGGCUCCUGAUUAAAGGAGUGCCUGACUGAAGCCAGGAAGGGACCGGUGUUCCCUGACCGCUUCAAGGUCAGCGGGAGAUAACAGCCACGGGGCUCCUCCAGAUUGGUGGGGUUGUGUGUGUGUGUGUGUGUGUGUGUGUGAUAGUCUAUUCUGGAACAUGCCAUUGACACAAUAAUAGUGCAUUGGUGCUGGAUUUAUACUGGACUGUCCACACAUAAUUCCAUUCUAUUCCAUUCUAUUAGCUGCUCUGCAAUGCUUUCCCAAUGUUUACCGCAGUAUUGCUGUCCAGAGGGGGGCAGUCUUGCGCUGCAGAGCAACGAAAGGGGGACAAACCAGCCAGCCAGCCAAACACAAGAGCAUUUGCAGCGCAAAAAGUUGCAGGAUUUUAGCAGGAAGUUACAAGGCACGCACUGUUUGGAAACAUAGCGGUCCGUCCACCACAAAACCCUUUUCAGGCACAAACAAUUAUGGAAAGUGGGAUUGUGUAGAAUUGUCCCAGUAACAAUCACAAGCCCCACGAUGGGCAAAAGAUUCCUGCAUUGCAGGAGGUUGGACUAGAUUACACUUGUGGUCCCUUCCAAAUCUACAGUUUGAUGAUUCUAUGAUUAAAUACAGAAUAAAAAGGACGUCUGGAGGGGGACAUGUUUUCCAAAGGUUUGCUGUGGAUUCUGAUAAUUGUUUGGCUCUGGAUUAACACUGGGAACACCAGAGGCAGCUGUCAGGCAACGGGCCAAAUUUGACAUGUUAAAAGGUCAAGGGUUCAGCCAGUAUAGCCCUUCUGCCUGAUGUACUAUUUUUCUAGAAGCAAGGAAAUAAGGAUUCCUCCUACUUCUCUGGGAGUGAAUUCAAACAUGGAGUCUUGUGCCAGCACUGUGCAGAAAUCAACAAUCAAUAGCAUUUUCUGGGUGGGUGAAAUCUGGGGAUCAUCUAGUCCACUUUCCUAUUCAAUGGCAGCAUCUGAUAUGUGUGUUUUAGUUAAUUUAAAAGCAGCCCUAAACUACUUAAUAAUUAAAAUUCUCUAAGUGGUAUACAAAAAAUACAGCAUAAAAAUAAUACAAGUGUGUCCUAAGAUGAACUACGAUGAUGUUAUCUCCCAAUGCUUCCUACGGCUGUUAUGGGGUUGUCUUGUUCUGUUUUUAUGGUAUAAUGCAUUGAUGUUUAAAAUGUAUUCUUAAGUACUCGGAGAUCUCCAGGUAACAAGUCUUAUAAAUAACAACAACAAUAAAGGUGCACCAUAAAAAACAGGAAAACAAUAUUUAUAAGCAUGAUCCAAUCUUAUGGGUCAGAGAAAGUCCAGGCAUAAAUAGACAUCUGAAGCAGCUGACGGAUAAUGCAAUCAUAAUAAUUUACUUACAUGUUUUCUUACCUGUGCUUUAGUGUAAGAUCCCAUGCUGGGUUGCAGCAGUUUAAAAAAUACAGUAUUAAAAAUAGUUCAAGUCAAAUUACAAUCCCAAGAAUAGGGUAAGUGGGUCAUAACACACACACACACACACACACAUACACACACAACCCUGAAGACACAUCGCUUUACCCUGGCCUUGGCCUUUGACACCAUAUAUAUAUAUGGUGUCAAAGGCCAGGGUAAAGCGAUGUGUCUUCAGCAUACGAUAAAAGCUAUAUAAAGAAAGGUGCAGGACACACCUCUGUGGGGUGGGAAUUCCACAGCUUAGGGGCUGCCACAGAGAAGGCCCUCUCCCGUCCCACCGAACUUCCAAGGGUGGUGACCUUUCAGAUAGUUGGGGCACCUUAGAUUGGCCUUGAAAAUGAACUGGAAACCAGUGCAGCUGUAUGGGAAAGGGAAGGGCUGCCACAACUGAAAGGAGCCAAGUAAAGCACAACCACCUGUGAGUUCCUGGCCAGAGUUCAGCAGAUCAUGGAAAUAAUGACCAGAGGCGCCUAGCCUGCUGGUUCUUCCAGUUGGGGUGGGUGAGACUCAAAUCAGUCGUUGACCAGUCUAUCCCUGCCUAUCCUGACUUUGAAGACCCUCACAAACCCUGGACAAUCCUAGCACAACAGCCCUUAUGCUGUUUCCAAGUUUUUAAAUAAUUUUUUUCCCCAUUGGGGUCCCCAGUACAAAGUACACAAGGCAUUCACCAGAGAGGUGCCACUUGGUGACAUGGUGCCCUCUAGAUGUUUCAGGACUGAAUGGGACAGUUUGAGAAGAUCAACUUGUUUUCAAACCUGCCAUCUCAAGGAAAAAUCCUUUCGGGGGACUUUGCCAGUGCUUCCUGAUGCACAUCUUUUAAAUAAAAUAAUCUUGGCUUGGCAGCAAGGCUCUCGAGGUCACCUUAUCUGAGCCACUUUUAAAUUUUGGUUUCACUCUCCCAAGUGCAGCACAGGGGGUGUUCAUUAUGCUGCCCUAAUUUACAAGGCCGUUGUACGGAUUACUGAGUCAGUCUAUGCCUGUGAAAUGCUUUUAAGAUCUUAAAGCACCACACAGACUUCAACUUCAAAUCCCAGAUGCCUUCCCUUUCUUUCUCUUUCCUAGGUCGGCAUCUUCCCAGGACCAGGGUGUGGCGCUCUUCGGGAGGUCUGAAUAUGACAUUAGCCAUUCCCUUUUCCAUGUGCCGUUCCUGCUGGCUGUGCCAAAGUGCCAGGCACCGGGUGUUUUCUACCGCGUUCUGCAGCCGGUGAGUGCUCUCCUCCUAGCUCAUUUGGGAUGUAUUACAAUGCAGGGCCUUGAACAAAGCUCGGGACGAACACUAUGAGAGCAGACUUCUGAUGAUGCAUUGGCAAUAGUGUGCCCGCCAUACACUGAAAACACAUAACUUCCUCCCACAAAGAAUCCUGGCAACUGUAGUUCACCCCCUCCCAGAACUACAAUUCCCAGCACCCUUAACAAGAUGCAGUUCCCAGGAUUCUUUGGCGGGAAGCCGUGUGAUUUAAAUGUGUAGUGUCUAUGCAACCUAAGUCUGAAUCUAGUGUCUCUUGGCUUCUGCCAAAGAUGUUUCCCUUCCAUUUCCCCUUCUGGCUCCUCAGUCUUCUCACCUGAAGAAAGGGGAAACAGUCCCAGGGUCAUGACAGGAUGUUGGGGACAUGAACCCAGGACCUCGUGGCCUUAGGCUGGGACUUAAGCCUGGUGUGCUAUCCAGGACGUGUGUGUGUUCUCAGUCCUCAGAGCCCCUGUCAGUCACAGAAAAGGGCUUAGGGGUGUUUGCAAUACCAGGCAGGCGGAAUAAGGCCUCUGGGGUGACUGUGCCUGGGAUAAAUACCAUAAGGCUGGUAAGAGAGGGGAAGGGCCAUAGCUCAGUGGUAGAGCAACUGCUUUGGUCCCGGGUUCGAUCCCUGGCAUCUCUCUGUGGGGCCGGAAAUGUCCUCUGUCUGAAAUCCUGGAGAACUACUGCCAGUGAGGACACAGAACUGAGCAGGGCAGAGCAAUGAUACAAGGCAGCUCUUGCCCACCCUAAAUAUAUCUUCUGUGCUUCCAGGUCCCUUCUACUGAUCUCUGGAGUACUCUGGAUUCAGAUGAGGGUGCCCACAGGCUCCCCCACGCUGCACACAGGGGAUCACCCCAUUGCAUUUGCCCAGCAUAUGAAAUCUCCCUUGUUCUUCUUUUGUUUCCAGUGGCAAGAAGCCACGAAGCAUAACAGCCCACCCAUUUUGCAGGCCUGCACCUGUUUAAUUCUCUCUCUCCUUUCCUUUAACUAUUUACUCUGGUUGAAUUAUCAAGAUUUAUUCCCAAAACAAAAAAAGGAAUCACAGGAAGUGGGAGAAUUGCAUCCCCUUCCAUUGGCAAGCUGCUCCCAUUCUGGUCCUUACCGAUAACAGAGUAUUUUGGUUGGUGGAUUACGGAGGAUAUUAUAUACACAGCUGGUGGAUGUUAUGCAUAUUCUUUUCAGUCUUGUCCUCUUGAGUUUGUAAUGAACCGCCUGUUCUUUUAUUUCCUCUCUCUCUGUAUGCAUGUGUGUGUGUGUGUGUGUGUGUGUGUGUGGAGAGGGGAGACUUAUUUCUUGCAUAUCGUUUACCAAGCACUCUUCACAGUGAUUCUUGAAUUUUGUGUACCCAGGGGAAGGAGGGAAAGAGCCCUGUAUGUCAGCUCCCAGUGCCCCCCUCAGCCUGUUUGCUUUUCUGAGCAUCCUCUAGACUAACGUCCUGUGUUGUUGUUUAGUAAAAACCACAGCUCAGUGGGAGAGUGUCUGCUCUGCAUGCAGAAGUCUCCCAGGUUCAAUCCUCUGAUCUCCAGGUAGGAGAAAAACUCCUCUCUGUAACACUGGAGAGCUGUUGCUAUUCUGUGUAGAUCAGGAAUCUCAUGCUUGGAAGUCAAACGCACCCCUCAAAGCCUCUCUGGCCCCCAAGACUCUCCGCUUCCUCAACCUCAGCCCUCCAGAAGUUUUGAGACUACAAUUCCCAUCAUCCCUGACCACUGGUCCUGCUAGCUAGGGAUCAUGGGAGUUGUAGGCCAAAAGCAUCUGGAGGGCCGAGGUUGAGGAAGCCUGCCCUAGGCCACCGCCACCCCUUUCCGAGCCACACCCAAGCCUGGCAACUUUCUUGAGUGUUUCUUGCCCCGGGAUGAAAUGUGCCCUUGAACUCUAAAAAUGCCUUUUGGUUGCUUGGAUGGAGGACAGGAAAGGGAGUGUGAGCAUGUGUGGACCACGAGUUGUCAACCUUUUUGGACCAGACUUCAAAUUUUAAGAGAGCGCCACUGACACAACACAAUAGCAUCUCUCUCUCUCUCUCUCUCUCUCACACACACACACACACACACACCUAUGAUGUUGCUGUCCAUCAGCAACAAGGAGCAUUCCUAGGUACCAGAAAAAGUAUCCAAGGUAGCCACAUUCCCUUUCAUUUCACAGAAUCACUUAAAAGGUACCAGCACUUUUAGCCUCAUAAUUUUCUUUAUUUUAUUAAAAUAUUGUUUUAUUUAUUUCCAAUACAUAACAAUGACCAAAAAAAGAAAGGAAAGAAUACAAAACCAAAAUCCCAACUCCCCCCCACCCCCCGAACUCAUCAAUCUGGUUAAGUUUGCCAAAAUCCAUUCUGUGAUUUUGGUAGUUGCCAUUCUUCAGGAUUAUCAGCAAAGUGUUUUAUAAAAGGAUGCCAUAUGUCAACAAAAUCGUUUGCAUCAUUUGUAUUAUUUGAAGCAUGUAAUGUCUUUGUUAUUUUUUUUCUGAUACAGCAAUAGAUCAUACAUUCUGUUUCCAACGAGAGAUACGCAGAUGCUCCAAUCCUCUCCUAACUUUCUCUCUAGGAAUGGUAAAGACUUACUUAAAAUGGCCACACUAGUGCUUGGUGGCGCAUGUCAGAGCCAAUGUGGUGUAGCUGUGGGACUAAGACCUGGGAGACUAGGAUCCAAGUCCCCACUCGGCAGUCACUGUCUCUCAGCCUAACCUACCUCACAGGGUUGUUGUGAGGAUGAAAUGGGGAGGAGGAGAACUAUGCAUGCCACCUUGAGCUUGGAGGAAAGGAAGUACAUGAAUGUGAUAAAUAAACAAGUGUCAACAUUGAGAGAUUUGUGGGCGGGGAGGAGACAUGGGCGAUGACGUCAGCAUAACCAAUUCCUCCUCCUCGUAGGUCGCCAGCCAGGAACAGCAGCUACUAUGACCUGCUGGGGAUCAAGCAGGAUGCCACCCUGGAGGAGAUCAAGCAGGCCUUCUUCAGCAAGUCAAAGAAGGUGUGUUAUAAAAUGGGUGGGAGGGACAGAGGGAUAUACAUUUGCAGGAGGAAACAGCACCCCCUGAAGCCAACUUGGUGAGCAUACACAUUCUACAUUUAAAGCACACCCCCUGCCCUCCAAAGAAUCCUGGGAACUAUAGAUCACCCCCACAGAGCUACAGUUCCCAGCAUCCUUAACAACCUACAGAUCCCAGGGUUCUUUGGGGGAAGCCAUGUGCUUUCAUCGUAUGUUAUGUACACAAGGGUGGUUGAACCUCUCCACAAGGAUGCUAUGAGAGGCUACCCCCUAGGCCAAAGAUGGAGAACCUUUGGCCACCCAGAUGUUCUUGGACUCCGGCUCUUGUCACCCUCAGCCAUUGUAGACAACAGUCAGUCCAUCAGAAGUGGAUGGGAAGAUGUGCCAGAAGGUGUGGGGUAACCCUUCCUCGAAACAUAUGCACAGUAAAUAGCCGACAUCAUUUAACCUUCCCACAAACUUUCUGUGGAAAAAAUAGGAUGAAAGAGGCUGUUGGGAAGUGACCACUGUGGAUUACUUUGGAUGGGAGAAGGGCAAGUAAGCUUUGUGUGUGCUGAAACUUGGGAUGGAUUGACCUGUCACUUUCUGUUUCUCAUUUCCCCCGUCUUAAAUUCUGUCCCCCACAUUUCCACAUCAGUUUGCAUAAAAAUGCAUCAGCAUGUACGUAUUUUUAUAUGCACUUUUGCCUAAUCCAUAUAUUUUUGCAAACCAAUUUCCUCUAAUAUAAUGCCUUUUUUUACAUGCUAUUUUUACUAAUGUUUGUAUUUAAUGCACACUUUAGCCACUCUGUGCAAUUUUUUUGGUAUGCAUUACUUGGCCAAAGAGCUGCAUUGCAAAAUUCAAAAAAGCACCAAUUUUGGAGGAGGCCAGUGUUUCGCUUUGCCCAUUAUUUUGAAUGCAGAUUUGGUAGGUUUGCCUUUGAAUGUGAACUGAAUCAAAAUUUUCUUGCACCCAUGUCUGUCAUUAAAGACAUCUCUAAAGCUACCUAAAACAUCCUUUGCGUCCGGUCAGGUGUGUCCUGGAUCUUCUCCUCUCCCUUCUUCCCUGAAGAGGGCAGUGUUGAGCCGAAAGAGCCCUGGAUCCACUUCCCGAAGGAAAACCAGCACAGUGUUUGUUUUUGCAGGAGGGUGCUCCUUUGAAUUCCGCUUCUGCUUUAGAAAGAGACAACCUAGCUUUUUAAAAUCAAACAGUCUCUCAGCCCAAAGGUACUCCAGAGCUGUCUCUACCAUAUAGAUAGCCAAGGGAGCCACUUAAGGUGGUAGACCUCAAAUGGCACUCACCAUACUGCAAAGAGCAAGCAUAUUUGCAGUGACUGCUUUUGAAUGUGUCAAGCCAAAAUGAUUCUUGCACUGUAGCAUCACGCUGGCAGAGCAUCCCUGGGCAGAAGGUAGGAGGCUGCCUUAUACUGAGUCACCUCAUUGGUCCAUUGAGCUCAGUAUUGUCUGCACUGACUGGCAGCGACUCUCCCAGGUUUUCAGACAGGGAGUGUCUCUCAACCCUAUUUGGAGAUGCUCAGGAUUGAACCCAGGACCUUCUGCAUGGCAUCACUGAUGCCCUACCACUCAGCAGUAGCCCCUUCCCUCUGGUGCACUUCCAGUGUGCGUGGUUAGUUGGCCUUGCAGGAAGCAUCGUAGAGUAACCCACCCUUUUUGGAGCCCAUGGACACAUUUGCAAGCUGGAGAACCUAUUUGCACCUCCUGCUGUGAGGCAGGGCCUUUCCAGAUGUCUGUUUCGUUGUGCAUUCGUGACAAUUUGUGCUCACGGUGCUAUUAUGGCGGUCACACGUGAUCCCGCUUUCCAUGGUUUGUACCUGGAAAGGCUUUGGGCUGGUUACACUGCUUCAUUCCCAGUCAGUGCAUAUUCUGUAACGUCCUGCUGAAACUUUUUAUACACAAAUGUUCUGGUUCCUUUUUUGUCCCACUUUUGUGGUGCUACAGCCCUUCUAGACAGCAGUAAUGUGGUGUCAUUACUGGAUGACAAUGCAUGCAGAGGAGUGGUGGGAGGCACCAGCUGGGGAACCCCCAAGGGAAGAAGACUCAGAGCCAGGAGAUUGGUGGUGGGAUGAGGAUGGGUGGUCAGAGGGAGAAGGGAGCAGACUGGGAGGAGGAGGUGUUGGAAGCUGUAGAGGUAACAGAGUUUAAUGAGCAGGGAGAGUCUGUGGCAGAGAGCAGCCCAGAAUCAGAGGCAGAAGCAGAGGCUGGAGAGGAGAGGGGCCAAGAGGCAGAGAUGAAGAAGUCAGAGGGUCUGCCCCUCCUGCUGUGACCAGCUCCCCUUCCCCCUGGUCUCCCAGAACCAGAAGAGGUAUGAAGAGGGCGGAGCAAAGGCAAGCAAGGCAGCAAAGUCUCAGAUUGCUUGGGAAGGACUCAGAGAAGGAGGAGACUUAGAGAACUGUGGGAAUGUGGGGACCUUCAGUCCCCUCAACUGCCUCAUUGGGGCAAGAUCUAACAGGACGAGUUGCUGUGCUCACUAGGCCUGGCCUCCUGAGCUUUCUUGAUUCUUCGAACAAAGUGUUAACUUCACAGAUGCCGUGUGAGUUGACACCCGCUGCUGACACGUGGGAACAUCAGGGAAGCAUCAUGAAACAAGAAUAAAUCUGCCACUAAUGCUCAAGUAUCGUGUCAAAAAUAUGCUGCAGAACACACCCUUAAUAGGACACCAGUCUGGAGGGGCCCACGGUUAGAGUGGCUCCAGUGGAUAUUUCUCUCGGCUUGGCCAGGCGCCACUAAGGAGGAAGCAGACCCCCCUCAGUGCCAGAGGAGGCAUUCAGACCCUUUUGAUGUGGUUGCAAAAUCUUCCACAGAGCAAUUAGUAAUCCCGCUGCUUGGUGCUUUUAACUUCCAGCGUGGAUGAAUUCGGGACAGUUGUGUCUCCAGCAAUUAGGUCCCGCCCCCCACAGAUCAAGACUGCUGGAUUUCUGGGGCAAAAUGUGUUUAAACCUGCUCUGCUCAGACCUAAGCUCGUUAAGGCAGUACUACCGUCUGUCUUCGCAGAAACCUUACGCAAGUUUCCAGGUAUUGUGCCCUUCAAAUGUGCACAGUCGCACAGUAUGCAAGCAUUGGAUUUAGUUGUGCGGAAUCCUGAAAAUCUCAGCCUUCGUUUUAAAGAAAAAGAAAAUAGUUUCUAGGCUUUACGACUGCAAAGGAUGUUGUUUGGAAGCCAUGCCUUUUUCCAGGGCUUUCUAGAGUAGCAAAAGUGGGACUGGAAAUAAGCUUCUAUAGACCACAUAAUUCUCCCAUCUUUCACUGCUGUGGGCCAGAUCUUCCAUCCUUUGCCUUUCAGCCCCAAACACUAGGAAAUUUGAAAACAUCCAAGGCCCCUUCAGACGUCCCUUUUUUAUUAUUGAGAUUAUUAUAGUGAGUUAUAGUAGAUGUCCCUUUUAUUGUGUGUUAUUAGUUCUCACAAUGGUACCAGGGCAGUUAUACACAAUUCUGCUUUCAGCACUGUUUGUUCUUGCAAAUGUCUUGCGGCAGACAGACUGCUUCAUUUCUAACCAAUGAAUGUCCCGUGGCUUCUUUCUGAAAUCCUAUAACUUUUUAUGUCAUAAAUAUUCCGGGGUUUGUUAGUUUCUUCCCUGCUUUUGUUGCACUAUAGAGUAAGAAUGCCACAAGAACUCUGUAACAUUGAGAAAGUAUCACCGAUCCACUAAUACAAUGGAUCGAUGUUUGGACAGUCCGAUAUAAGCCCACCACUGUUAUUGCAUCAGUGCCAUGUUGCAGAGUAUGCCCACCCCCAAACCCCAGCAGUCUGGAGGGCCCCCCGGCAGUUGCAAAAUAGAUUACAUUGUGCAAGCAGGUCACUUGUGCUUUUAAAGACUGCUAGAAUUUCAGAGCUGCAAAUCUGGGCUCCCUCUGCGUGGAAUUUGUGUGGGGUGGGAUUCCCAGCUGUGCAGUAGCAGCUCUUGCUGUGUGUCCUGUUUUGUUUUUAUCCUUUAGCCAUUACAAAACAACAACAACCCACUAUAUCACUUUCAGCAGCGGUAGCCCUGUGCCAAGUGUUUUAUAGCCUUUCUCGCCAUCUGCACGCAGCUGUUUUUUGUCCCUCUGCCCCUGCAAAAAGUGACAUCUUCCAGACCUGCCGCCAUCCUUUCCCCCCCACCACUCAGAAAGCAGCUUUGCAUCUGUUCCCUCCCCGUCCCAGCUAUUUAACUGAUCGCUUCCAAGUGGUACUUGGACCUCUGGGGACGGGGGGACGGGACAGUUUGGCCUUUGCUUCUGGUUGGGCUCAAUGUCCCCAGUUAGUAACUGCAUUUGGGAUGGGAGAGUGAGGAGCUAUUUUGAGACCAAGCCCUUGCACCAGUGAGGAAGAGAACAUUCGACUUAACUCCCGUCCGGAUGAUUGGGGUGGAGGGUGUGACAAAUCAGAAGUGGAGGCAAUUUAUUCAGAGGUGUAAGGUGGGGUGGAGGGAAAACUGCUUUAUUUGUUGGCCGGGCCUGUGGCCAGUGGCCAGUCCUCCUCUUGCACAUUUUGUCUCCAUUAGUAGCCAUACUGCAUUUUAUAAAAACAGGCAUUAAAUCCUCAAACAGGGAUGGACUAAGACCUGGGAGACCAGGGUUCAAAUCCCCACUUGGCCCUGAAGCUCACUGGGUGAACUUGGACCUGUCACUACCUCUCAGCCUAACCCACCUACCAGGUUUGCUGUGGGGAUUCAAGGGGGAGGAGGAGGAGGAAGAGAAACAUAUACCCUGCCUUGAGCCCCUUGGAGAAAAAUUUGGAGUAUAAAUGCAACAAAUAAAUAGUAAUACCAGAUAGUAAUAAAUAAUAAUACCAGAGAGUUCCAAUGGAAAAGGAAGUGGGAAUUGCAGGAGUUUGCAUGUUUGUUUGUGGUUGGGAAUGAAAACCAGUCAAAUGAAUUUGAUUGGCAUUUUUCCACAUCAUUGUUGCUUCUAAGUCUGCAAACACUGCACAAUUGAUGAGGUUUUUGUUUGUUUUUUUUACAUUGUUUUGAUGCUUCCUUUACAUUGAAAUGAAUAUAUGUUACUUAAAGAGUUACAUAGUUACAGACAGUGAGCAUUUGACAGAAACUGAACUGCAGCUCAGUGAAAACACCACUGAUUGUGACUAACGUUUUCCCCUGGAUGAAUGUGGCCGUUUGGGCCUCUUUGUAUGGCCCUUGGAACCCUCUGCUGGCCACAAUCCUUCACUGGCCCUGCUUUGCACCCUGAGUGCUUUUCCCUGGCUGGAAUGCGUAACUUGAACUCCGAUAAUGCCUCUUGCUUGUCUCAGUGGAGGACAGAUUAACUGGCUUUCCUUGAUUUGUUGUUGUUUGUGUUUUUAAAGGGUCGCAUUAUUCUUUCAGAUUUUUAUCUGCAUGCUUCAGUUAUAAACUGCCCUGUGACUUGUGCAGAGGGUGGUAUAUCACGUACAAAUGCAUUAAAAAAAGUAUAGUGUGUGUGCGGAAAGUACAUAGCUUACAGUACAAAGGUAGAAUAUACCUUUGAUGGUCCACUCACUUCUGCCUCUGGCAUGUGGCCCUCAGACAGCUGUCCAGAAGGGAGUGCGGCCCCCCAAUUGAAAAUGGUUCCCCACCCCUGAGAUGGCAGGUGACAGAAAGGAGUCUCCUUUGUGUGAGACUCUUUGAGAGCUGCUGCCAUGCAGAGGAAACAAUACUGAACAUGUUGGACAAAUAACUUCACAUAUCUUCCUGUAUUUUCUUACCAAGUCCUGAUUUUACACACAAAGCAUAAGGCAGCAGAGUCCUGAGAUGGCAGAAGUGGACUGUGCCACUUCAUGAUCAGUUUUCCCCUCCUGUAAAAGCAUAACAAGCAAACCUCCCUCCACUGAUGGAACGGAUCCAUUCCUUCUCCGUCAGCUCAGUCACUCGCCUGCGUGGGAUUUCCGGUCGCCCAUGGCUACCAGGGACAAGUUGUCAAAUGCAAGGCUGAUUUAAGCCAUGCACGUGAAAGUCCCCCUGCUGCUCCACUGUACAAUCUCUCUCUUCCAGAAUCCCUUCUGGGAAAACCCCUGCCCUUGUUGCAUGGCGAAACUGUCUCUCCCAGUUGUGGCCGCUUUGGCUGGCUCCCUCCUUCAGCCGCCUCUGGCCUCCGCUGCCUUGGAGGGCUGCCCAGGAAUCUUAGCAUUGGGAAUCUUUUUAUCUCUUUUGGCCGGGCGGAAGGGCCUCUAGGUCUGGGCCAAUGUGGAACACGUUUGCUUGUUUCUCUAACCCGGGCGGGAAUUAAAACUGGGGCUGGAGUGAGAGCAGCGGUGGCGAUGUCAAAAGGCCCCACGUAGCUAGUAGCACUUCCCAUCAAUCUUUAACUGGGGCUCUUUCCCUUUCUUUUCUUUCAUCUGUGGCUUGCCUCAUCCCCUCACCCAAGUAGAUUUUUAACAUGAGGUGGUCCGCUAGGGGCACGUUCUGUCCCUUUCGCCAGCUCCACUCCCUCCUUCUCCCUUCCACCCUCAUGCAGCCCUCUCCUGCUAGAGGAGAGUGAGCCAGGCCUGCAGGAGAGAGGGGAGAUCAUACUGGGGGAAAGGAUCAAGGCAGACCAAACAUUGUACAAUUCAGGGGUGUUCCAGGCACUCUUGCAAAAGUUUUGGAGCUGGCUCGGUGCAAAGGGGCAAGAUGCCUCUAAGGCUUUAGAAUCCGCCUGCCUGCGAUUGGUUAACAUCUUCCCCCUCCCCAUCCUUGCCCCAUCUAUGCAAUAUAAAUGUCUCCUCCACCACCCCAGCCUUGCAGAGUGUUAUCGUAAUCUGUCUGCCAGGGGUCGAGCGGAGAGAUGGGUCUUGCAUACCUUCAAGUUCGCUAGCGGACCAUUGAGGUAGAAAUGGCAAUGUUUGGUUGGCUUUGGUUGCAGUGGAAACGAAGGAGGGUUUCUCAAGACCGAAGCUCUUUAUUGGGCAGGAGGGAUUUGGCAAUGCCUGGGCAUCAGAAGAGAACAACCCCCCACCGGGCCUAGUUGGUAGCUCACCACUCCCUUUUGCUGAAGGAGGUAAAGUCAGCCCUGCUGUACGCACAUCCCCUCUCCCCCACCUCACUUCAUGCAGUUCUUCCUGUAAGCAGCAGCCCAGUGGCCAGUGUUUGCUGUCUAGCGCCAUUCCCGAAAGCUACCACUUGCAAGGUAAAUAGAGAGGAGACCUGUGCCUGGGGCCAAAGAGGAGCGUCCCAAGUGCACACGAGGACAAAAUCAGCCAUCCUUGGUUGCAGGGAGGGAUAAACAAGCCGAUCACUUUCAGUUUCUUAUUUUUCCACUCUUAAUUUCAGUUUUUCACAUUUCCACGUCAGUUUGCAAAUAUACAUACAUACAUUUGUUUUUUAAUCCUCAUGAAAAUUCACCAGUGUUUCAGUAUGCAUUUCUUCUAAUGUACACAUUUCCCCCCCAAAAUGCAAUUUCCCCUAAUACGUAUAUUGUUGCAAAUGUUCCCUAAUGUAUUUUUGCACACAUUUAUUGUUGUUGUUGUUACUACUAUUACUACAACUACAACUACUACUCAUAAAGCAGAAUGAUCUGCAGGCAGCCCUCUAUCAAUCCACUAGUAAUGCACUGUUACGCUAUCAGUGGCAUGUUGCAGAACGCACCUACCCACACAAAACCGUACCAGUUUGGAGGGACCUUAACCCAAAGCAGCUGCCUAAUGACGGCUUGGCAGAGGAAGGGCUUGCACAGGGGUUCAAAAGGCUGGAGGCGCUGGGAGUGGGGACACAGUUUGGGAACCCACAGCCUUGUCCCAACCAGGCUCUUCCAGAAAAGGCAGGUCACAGCUGGGAAUCUUCCUUUGCUUGGCACAUUCCUGCCCCUGCCCCCCCCCCACAUCGCCCUCUGUCCCUCUCUUCCUACCCUGGUAUUUUAAACCAGUGGAGAAUAAGGUCUGCCUGUGUGCAUUUGACCUGCUGCUUUAAAACAAUUGCCUCCCCCUCCAGCUCGCUUGUUUUCCUGCGUCAAAUCUCUUAAUUAACCAUUAGGGAGGAUUUAUUGGUUUGCCCAGCAUAGCAAGCGUUUUUCUUUCACAAGGACAUUGAGCUUUGCGCUUCCUUUCUAGCUGGGGAAGAUUGACGGUGGGGCUGGGUGAGGGACCGGCAGGCUAUCCGUAACUCUUUAACAUUCUGAACAUCUAUUUAACUGCCGGGCAUCAUGGCUAGGGAACGGGGGCGGAGAGGGGGAGAAAAUUGGUUCAUUUCACAGUCCAGACGAACCUACCAAGUUUACAGUUCCCAAAACAAUUCACGAACCAAAACACAGCCAUCCGUGGAGAGCCCUACUUCUCUGAAUUUUGCAAUGCAUUUCUGCAGCCAAAAGUGAUGCGCACAAACAUGCUAUGGUAAGGAAUGCGUAAAAUGCAUUUGUUGCUGAAAAUAAUGUACAAAAAGCCCCACGUUAUAUUGGGGGAAAUUGCUUGCAGAAAUGUGCGUAUUAGGUAAAGUUGCGUUGUGUGUUAGAAGAAAACGUCGCACUAAAAUCUUGAUGAAUUUUCGUAAGUUUACAUGCUGACGUGUACAUGCGCAGAACUGGAUUUAAGAAUGGGGAAAAGGAGAAACUGAAGUUGACAGAUUUGCCCUGUCCCUAAUACCGGCUAAAGGGCCUGAAAGGCGCAGGAUGUUGUGCUGGGCUUCCUCCCCCCCACCCCUACCACUUCCCCAUGUAAGGGGAAAAUCUGCACGCAGCCUCCAACUGACACAACCCCCUUAUCGCUCCAGAACAUCUUUGUUGUCCACUGCUCUGGCCUCCGCUGAGUGAUGCCAGCUUUGCAUUGUGGGGAGCCAGCCGGGGGUGGGGGGCCGGAAGACGGGGGAGAGGCAAUAAGGGAUGUUUGCUCUUCUGUGGUCAUGAAACAUAUUACAGUCCCGGGAGGCUGUAUUUGCCUUCAGCUGACGAGGGCGAGUGCCAUGUGUUUUGGAACCAAAGUGAGUGAGAGGCUUUUUGCAGCCACCAAGCGUUGAUGAAAUAAACAGAUUUUUAUUUUAUUUUAAAAAAAAAAGAACAGUAAAGGAAUAUGCUUAGCAGGAGGUGAAUUACUUGAUUAGGAUUCAUCGUCCUUUGAGAAAAUGCUACAAGGGGCCUCCUCCAGACUGCUGGGUCCCCCGCCCCAAGUAUAUUUAUUGGUUCAAUAAUAGUACAUCAGUGGCAGAUUCAUACGGGAACGCCAAUACAUUGUUUUGAUUUAUUAGUUAUUUUGUGAUGCUCGUUCAACGUUACCGCCCUUAUUGUGUCUGGAGGGGCACUCCUGCUCUGUAGCCCAAGAAAGACACAGAACCCUCUGAACGCUUCUGGUGCAAAUCGUUAACAAGAGUUUGGCAGGAAGUUAUAAGACUUGCACCAAUGGGGAAUGAAGCAGCAAACAGGGUCACGUAUAACUGCCUCAAUAUCACCGUGAUCCCAAAACAUCAUGAAUGCGCAAUUUAAAAAAAAGACGUCUAGAGGUGCUGCGUUCAAAUUCAGGUUGCACAAUUAAAGUGAGUUUGGUGCUCUUGUGCAGCAAACCUCUCUCACCCCCCCCCAAAAAAGCCUGUUAUUUAUGAUAAGGAAAGUGAGAGGUAAAUUCACUGCAAGGUGUCUGUGUGUGUAGCAGGGAAUAACAAUUGCUUGACACAACAAUGCAAUUCAACCUCCAUGAAAUCAAGCCAGAAUGGUCUCUGACCUCCUUUCAAACUUUGUUCAAACAAAUUAGGAUGAACUGGUCAAUUAACUGGUUGCCAGGAAGCAGCCUGAACCAACCUGAAAGUUUAAGAUUUUGCGGUGGAGACAGCAAAAGAGAGAUUUGUCGUGUGGCUUCACGGUAGUUAACAGGCGUUUAAGAAUUGAAUGGGAGCACUGAAAUACUUCAACCAGCUCCUGGAAGGAGGAAGAGGAGGAAGGUUGCUUUGUUUUCUACAAACUUGACACGAUUUGCAGUUGGAUGAGGAGAGAGGUCCCUGUUAUUUCCAGGCCCCUCUCCCCCUUCCCACCCGCCGCCAAGCCCGCAUUUGAGUUGUCUGUGGGAACUCAUUUCACCCGAAGGAUUACCUCCAGGGAGAACAAGUGCCCCAUUCUAAAUUCCCCUCAUUUCUUUCUCCACCAGCCAAAAUCCCACCCACCCCCUUCUUGCCUCCAUGGUUUUAACUGCAGGCCUGUUUUAAUUGCUUGUGUUCGACGCUAAAUCAGAGGAGCGUGUCAAGAUGACAAGCUGAAUGGCGCGGCGAGUGUGAGAUUCUCUUGCCGGCAACUUCGCCCUGGUGGUUUUUCCUUGGUGCUCUGCGCCCCACUUUUGUUCCCCGGGGGCCUUUUAGGUGCUCGUACUGUGCCCUCAUUUAGCAGGGAAAGGACAUUAGGAGAGGCAGGGUGGUGUAGUGGUUAGAGUGGCAAGUCUAGGACUGAAGAGGUACUGAUUCAAAACAAUAUAUAUCUCCCCUCAGCCCUUUGCUCUCUCAGACUAGCCUACCUCAGAGAGUUCUUGUGGAGAUAAAAAUGGGAAAGUGAACCAUUUAUACUGCCUUGAGCUCCUUAAAAAGUGAGGCUGAAGAUGGGCAAGUGUGUAUCUGUGUAUGAGAGGGAGAAAGAGAGAGUGCUGUUGUGUUUGUGCAUUUGUAGUUAGAAAGGAAAAAAGGGUUGUAUCCAAUGCAAAUCCUACUCAUCAUAGACCCACUGAAGUUAAUAGACAUGACUCACUUAGGUUCACCGACUUCUGAAAAGAACUUAGUUGGUUACAACCCACAGAAAGAUAGCAUUAUUAAAGAUUCUCAUUAUUUUGGUUUCUUACCUGCCCUUCACCAUAAGGUCCCAAUUUUUUAAAAUUCAGUAUUAAAUACAGUUUAAAACAAAUGAUAGUCACAGGAACAGGGUGGGUCCUGAAAAUAUCUCUCUCACAAGGGUCUUCAGCAUAUUAUAAAAGCUAUCUGACGAAGGUGUCCGACCCACCUCUGUGGGGAGAGAGUUCCACAACUUGGGGGCUGCCGCAUGAAUGGCCCCACCCUGAGUUUCAGAGUGCAGUGGAAUUACCAAGAGCCUCCCCCACCCCCACCCCCCGCUGAUCACUACACCCGAGAGGUUCUGCAGGGAAGGAAGUGGCCAUCUUUCAUCUAGAUAUUUGAGGCCAAGUCCUCCUGCACCUCACAUAAAUCCCAGGGUGGGUUACAACUACAGACCAGAGGUGGCGGGAUUUUUAAGCCCCACGGCCACAUUUCUUUAUGGAUCACCUACUGGGGGAUGGGGCACAUGCCAGCAGUGGGCAAGGUCAGAGGGGAAAGCGUACAGAGCUUUGUACGGUAGCCCAUGAUCCAUCUAUGUGAAAGCCAGAGAUUUCUGCAUUAUGAGAUUACAACUGUAAUAAUGUAAUAAACAAACAAACAAAUAAACAAAUUCGUUCUACACCCAAUAAACUCCCAUCUCUCCAUCGUCCAUGGCAAAAAGCACUCAAGGAGGGCUCAGAGCAGGGCAUGAUGAGGUGAGAUGGAGGCUGGAAGAGUCCUGGGGCCUAGAUAAAGAUACCUGCAUGGUCAUAUUCAGCCCAUGGGCUAGGAAAAAACAGCAAUCGGGCCCACAAAGCUGGGAUAUUCUCUGAGCUACACAGGAAGUCCUCAAGGACCUUCCUCUUGGACUGGUGCAGAUGCACAUAUAAGGUUUCCUGGCUCUUACCAGGACCAGGCUAUGGGAUCGGGCUGUCCUCCCCCCACCCACCCACCCAUGAACACUCUUGAGUACAAAUUCCCACCCAGCUUCACCCCAUGCCUUCCUUGCUAACAGUUUGUGAGGACAGCCUGGCAUGUAGCCUUGGCGGGGAGCUUCCUCAGCAAGAGACUUAUCAGGCUGCAGCCUUGAACACUUUUCGCCUGCCUCUCCUCCGGUCCGGGAAGCAGAGGAGCUCCUGGUCUCGGCACGUUGGCUCGGAACGUCUCUUUGUUGCCACCCACUGCGCACGGCUCAGUGAUGGAUGGUCUUGUGGGAAUACAGGGGCGGCCAGUGCAGAGGCAGCAGCAGCCUCAGGCCAGGGUCUCUGUCCCAACAUAUUGUUUUUGGAACAAGCCAGCAAGGCCCUUCUCUCCUUUGCUGGUAGUCAGCUUUUUGCAAAAGCUCUGCUAGGAGACAACUACAACUUAGCCAGAUGGAAUUAGAGAUUUUGAGUCCAAUGCCUCACCUCCCUGGCAGCCAAGCUCAAACAGCAGGAGCUUACAGAGGAGGGUGCCAGCCUGGGCUGACCGGAGUGUCUUUGGACCCCUCCAGCCAUCUAUUUUAUUGUGUACUCUGCAAUAUGCAUAGUCCAUCAGUGGCGGAUUUAUACUGGACCAUACAGACAUCGUUCUGCUUUAAUAUUUGUUCUGUUGUGCUUCUCCAGCGUUAGCGCAUUCCUGUCGUUUGGAGGAGGCACUCUUGUGCUAUUGUGGAAGUAAAGCGGGGUUAAAAACAACAGCCGUAGAUCAUUCAGUGAUAUAAAAAGCUGCAAGAUUUCAUGGGGAGUUAUGGGUUGUGCACCAAUUGGAAAUGCAGGCCCGAUGCUUUUGCGGUAUUGAAAGCGGAAUCAUGUGCAAAUUAAUGCCCUGGAACCACCAUGAGCACAAAUAACCAUGAAUGCACAAUAGAAAGGAUGUCCGGAGAGGCCCCUGGUUAGAUGAACCCACUGGUCUGAUUAAGGAAAAAGCAGCUUCUUAUGCUCCUAUUCAAAGCCAACAGUGUGUUAGGUGCUGUACCAAAAAGAGAAGAGACUAGAGCAGGUGAGACUAGGACUGCAGGAGGCAGGGAGGGCGUUGGGAGGGCGAUGCAGUGACUGUUUAAAUGUUAGCCAAAACAUCCGCUAAGAGGAAGGCUAAGGUGGUUCUCGGAAGCUGCACCUAUGCUGUCAUUCUGUAGGAGUGUUGGAGGCCAGUUUCUGAGGAUCUCCAUUUUCAGUCACAAAAACUCAAAGCAGCAAGUUUCUAGUCCUUCUGAAGCAAUGAUACGCUUGCAAGAAAGUGCAUACAGGAAGAAGUGCCAAAUGCUCUCAAGACUUAGAAUGCCAGUUCUGGCAAGUCGAAUCCAGCUGGUUUGCUGUAGUCAGGCUCUCAGGCGGCUUGUGUGUUACAGAUAUACAGAGGGAGAAGAAAAGGUCCUCUCUUCUUGGCCUUCUGAGAGGAUUCGCAACCAGAAACAAGUUCCAGUCUGCCUAGUCCCCUGAUCUUCAAAGCAGAUGAACUGUUUGACAGGGGACUGCGAACAGGCUUGGUUGAUGUUCCCAGGUGGAUGUUAUAUUCCCCAUGCAGUGAAGACCUGCCCCCUUGCUCAGGAACAAACAUUGGUCCGCAGAAAACCCCAUUGGCAGUUGCUCUGAUUCAGUGGGGAAUUUAGGUUUGAACAAUUUAAGGUGAAUUAAAGUGCUCCGUUGCCCUAGGGCUACGAAUUCACCAUUGUGGUUAAGAAGGUGAUAGGAAAAUGUGCCGAAAAGUGUGGGUUGGACAACUGGUUAAGGGGAAGACUUGCAAAUGCCCCGCUUGCAAAUCAGGAAGAAUCUUACGGGCCUCCUUUCCAGUUGAGGUCAGAUGUGCCGCCUCUCUGCUGAACUGCCAGUGCCUAUGGAAUACUUUUCUUUUCUCCUAGCAGGCAUUUUAAUUGACGUCUGAUUUUAUAGUUUUAAUUUUUAUUCUCUGUAAACCACUUAGAGAUUGUUGCAGUUAAGUGGUGCAUAAAUUGCUUGAUCAAAUAAAAUAAAUGCAGGGUGAAUGCUCGCUGUAGUAAAAAAAGGAAAACAAAUGCUCAGAUAAAAAUCUGGAUGCAAUCUGACCUUUGCAGAAGCUUUGUGCAAGCCGGUGUGGUGUAGUGGUUAGAGUGUCGGAAGAGAAGCUGGGAGACCAGGGCUCAUAUUCCCACUCACCAGUGAAGCUCACUGGGAGGCCUUGGGCCAGUCGCUGCCUCUCAACAUGACCUAUCUUGCAGGGUUGAUGUGGAGAUUAAAUGAGGACGGGAGAACCAUGUAUGCCACCUUGAGCUCCUUGGAGAGAGAAAAAAGGUUGGCUAUAAAUGCUAAUAGUAAUAAUAAUAAUGAAUAUUAAGCUGGUUGGCUCAGUGCUUUAAGUCAGCUCUCCACCAUGACCUCUGAAUCGCCAGAGAAGCAGAAGCUGCAGCAAAUCCUUUUUGGGAUAAGGGGGGGGGCAGGAGGGGCGUGUAUAAGGCCAGCCUUUUCUCAUAAGGUUGGAAAGGACCCUCCGGUUCACCUAGUCCAGCCCCCUGCGUUGCAGGAAUAUGCCGCUGUCCCAUGCGGGGAUCGAACCUGCCACCUUGGCAUUAUCAGCACUGCGCUCUAACCAGCUGAGCGCCUCUCCUCUCCACAGCUCCACCCUGACAGCGACCCAGGCAACCCUGAGCUGCACAGCCAGUUUGUGAAGCUCAACGAGGCCUACCGGGUGCUCAGCAAGGCCAGCAGCCGGAGGCGCUACGACAGCACACAAGCAGCCCAAGAAGCUCGGCCUCCCCCAGGCAGCCAUGGCAGUAGCACCAGCAGUAGCGCCUGGAGGAACCCUUUUGAUUUGGGCAACUUCGGGAAAAGGUAUGGAACGAGAGAUGCCCCCCACCUCUGGGAACAAAGCUUCCCUUCCUGCGAGCUUCAUGCCAAUGGCUCCUGACUACCACACAUAAGGGUAAAAGAUCCAGUCCGUCAUCUUGUUCUCACCUCCUUGUGCCUGUUAUGGGAACCUGAUAAGCAGGACCUGAGCACAACAGCAACUCUCCCCACUUAAUAUUAUUAUUAAGGUAAAGGUAAAGGGACCCCUGACCAUUAGGUCCAGUCGUGACCGACUCUGGGGUUGCGGCGCUCAUCUCGCUUUAUUGGCCGAGGGAGCCGGUGUACAGCUUCCGGGUCAUGCGGCCAGCAUGACUAAGCCGCUUCUGGGGAACCAGAGCAGUGCACAGAAACGCCGUUUACCUUCCCCCCACAGCGGUACCUAUUUAUCUACUUGAACUUUGACAUGCUUUCGAACUGCUAGGUGGGCAGGAGCAGGGACCGAACAACGGGAGCUCACCCCGUCGCAGGGAUUCGAACUGCCGACCUUCUGAUCGGCAAGUCCUAGGCUCUGUGGUUUAACCCACAGCGCCACCCGUGUCCCAAUCAAUAUUAUUAUUAGUAAAAAAGGUAUAGGUACCCCUGCCCGUACGGGCCAGUCGUGUCCGACUCUAGGGUUGUGCGCCCAUCUCACUUAAGAGGCCGGGGGCCAGCGCUGUCCGCAGACACUUCCGGUCACGGGGCCAGCGUGACGAAGCUGCUCUGGCGAGCCAGCACCAGCGCAGCACACGGAAACGCCAUUUACCUUCCCGCUAGAAAGCGGUACCUAUUUAUCUACUUGCACUUAGGGGUGCUUUCGAACUGCUAGGUGGGCAGGAGCUGGGACCGAAAGACGGGAGCUCACCCCGCCGCGGGGAUUCGAACCGCCCACCUUCUGAUCGGCAUGUCCUAGGCUCUGUGGUUUAACCCACAGCGCCACCCGUGUCCCAAUCAAUAUUAUUAUCAUUUAUUAAAUUUCUAUACUGCCCUUCAUCCACAGAUCUCAGGGCGGGUCACCAUAUAUAAUCACACUUGCGAUUCCCAGUGUACCCUGAAGUGUCCCGAUUUCCCCCAGACAUCCUGGAAUUGCAGAAGCCGUCCAGCUUCUGGUUUGAAUCCUGGAAUGUCAUGUUUUCUCCCUCCAGCGCUGAGCUCGUGGAGGAGGAUGAGCCGACACUUGCAGAGGUGCUGUACUCUUGUGCGAGUCAGCCGGCUCUUUUGAGAGCUUGGUACAGAAAGACGCAUCCGCAGGAAGGUUGGAGGGUAUGCAGUAAUAAUCAUAAUAAUCAUGAGGAUGAUAAUUUUAUUGUUCAUACCCCGCCCAUCUGGUAGGUCAGACCAAUGGCUCAUCUGGUUCAGCAUCCUGUUCUGGCAGGGGCCGACCACAUGGGAAGCUCACAAGCAGGACCUGAACGCUCUCCUCGCUUGUGAUCCCUGGCAAAUGGCACUCAGAGGCAACCCUGCUAUUGGCUAGUAGCCAUUGAUCGCCAUCCUUCUUUGUCCUCUGCCUUAAGCAAUUUGAAAUAUACUCGGAGUCGAGUGUGGAUUUCAUGCUCUUUAUUCAGCUCAUAGUAGUGAGGAAUGCAAGUUCCCCCAAAAUAUCUGCUUUAUAUACAUUAUUUACACAAUGGGCUGCACGUGAUUGGCUAAUUCCAGGAUUCUCCUGUAGGCCAAUCAGGUUGCGGAUUCACUUCCACCUGGAGCUGGAUUGGGUGGUUCCUGCGGACCAAUCAUACUGCUGCAUUGUUCUAGGACCAAUCAGACUGCUGCAUUUUGGAUCCUAUUCGACUCAGUACAUAACAAAAUUACAUUGCACCACCACUGGCCAGGGCUCUUCAAGCUUGGGCUGCCAGGUGUUUUGGAGCUACAGCUGCCCAUCAUCUCUUGCCAUUGGCCAUGCUGGCUGGGGGCUGAUGGGAGAUGGAGGCCAACCCCACCUGGAAGGCCAGAACUUCCUCCUUCAGGCUCUACAGCCCCCUGCUCGCCCCCCAACUGUAGAGGGCACCAAAAAAUCUUGCACCUGCCCAGUUCUGUAAGCAGCCAGCCAACCAGAGUGCAGCGGUCUCUGUGCCAGCCCUGUGCUGACUUUCUGCUUUUCCCUGCAGGAGCGCAUCAGAGCCCAACGAGGACGUACGGUAUUGGCAACAGUUCCACCACUCUCCUUCAGAGUCAUUCUCAGGCCCCGAGUUUGAGAGGAAGCGUCGCCAGAACAGAUACAUCUUUGGGUACUGUUUGCUCGUCAUAGUGGGCGGCUUAGCUGCCCACUACAUAGGAUUCAGGUAUGGGGCUGCUCCCUUUUCCUCCGUCCCUGCCCACCACCCCAAACCAGAUGAGAAGGUUCCAGGUUUAAAGUUCUGGGGUGGGGAAGCUCAGGGGAUUGAAAGUGGCCCUCUAGGCCUCUGUAUCUGGCCCUCAGAACUCUCAGCAGGCCACACCCCUCACCAGCCCUGUUCCACACCCUCCUGGAGUGCUUUUGCCUGGCUGGGAUGUGUCCUUGAACUCUGAUAGCGCCUCCUGCUGGCCUGGAGGAAGGAGAGAGAGGGGUGUGUGUGAGUGUGGGUGUAGAAACUAGCCUACUAUACCAAGGUAAAAAAUUGCAUCCUUGGCUCCACCCACUUCUGCCCUUCUCUCCGCCCCCUCCCAAAGGUUGCCCGGAAGGGAAUAUGCCAUCGGGCUAUAACAGCUUCCCCAUCGCUGCCCUGGUGAAGCUUGACAAUGCAUCGCACAGAUUUAGCUGCGUUAGUUUCUUCCGCAUAGUUUGCUGAGCCAAUGCAGGGGCAAAGAGCUAAGUAGGGCACUGGGAAUCCUCUCUGGCAGCAGGCCCUGCUGCCUCCUCACCCCUGGACCGCCUCCAAAGGUGUCCUGCCCACACCACCCUGCUUUACCAUCAUGAAGACAAGCUGCGUGGGAAAGUGGGCAGCCCCAAAAGUUCUGAGGAGGCUGUGUGAUUUGCAAGCCACUCUUGUUCCUUGAUACUGGGAGCCAACUCCUCUCCCUUCUUUGGUGGAGCGUUUGUGUGUGUGUGAAUUGUAGAGUUGAAGGGAACCCCAAGGGUCGUCUAGUCCAACCCACUGCAGUGCUUUGCUGAUGAUUAUUUAUUUUGCAUUUAUAUCCCACCUUUUUCUCUAAGGAGCUCAAGGCAGCAUUUGGGAUUAUGGAUGCAAAGCAGGAGCACUGGAACAUUAUAAGCUGCCUUCUCCCAGGCUGGGCCAUUUGCCCAUCCUCCCUAAUAUUGCCUUCUCUGACCGGCAGGCCUUUCCCUUCGCCUGCUGCUUGAAAUCCUUUUCGUCGGAGGGGCCAGUGAGUGAACCUGAAACCUUCUGCAGGCAGGAGGUGUCCCUCCCUCUGCCACAGAGUGGCGAUCCUUCCAAUUUAGUAGCUAAGACACUUGAGCUACAAAUGAGGAAGUCCUCGGUUCAAAUUUUGCCCCAGCCGUGAACUUUCCAGGUGGCCUUAAGCCACACUCACAUUCCCCUCCCCAUGCAACAUGGAGAGAAUAAGAACAAGAAAGAGCCCUGCUAGAUCAAACCAAACUAUUCCACCAAGCUCUUUCCAACCUGGGUGCUUAGGGGAAGCCCACAGUCAGGACGCAAAAGCAAGAUUUUCCCUUUCCUGGUUUCUUCAAAGCCCAGCUGUUGUUUAGAGGUAUACUGCCCCUGCUCAUGGAGGUUCCACUUAUUGAUCACAGCUGUCUUCUCUCCAUGAAUUCCCUUUGCCAACCCAGUGCCCUCCAAAUGCUGACAUCAGCCCCAUCAUAGCUGAAGCCAUCGUUGCUUUGCAUGAAGAAGGUCCCAGGUUCCAUCCCCGGCAGCAUAGGGCUGGGAGAGAAUCUCUUGCCUGGACCCCUGCAGGGCCACUGCCAGUUGGUGGAGGCAAUAAUGAGCUAAGAGCCUGCUGGAUCAGGUCAGUGGCCCAUCUCAUCCUGCAUCCUGUUCUCACCAGAUGCCUGUGGGGAACCCGCAAGCAGGAUUCGGGCAAAAGAGCCCUUUCCCCUCCUGUGGCUUCCAGCAGCUGGUAUUCAGAAGCAUGGCUGCCUCCAGCUGUGGAGGCAGAGCUUAGCCAUCAUGGCUAGUAGCCUUUCAUAGCUGUCUUCCUCCAUGAAUUUAUUUACAGUGGUACCUCGAGUUAAGUACUUAAUUCGUUCCGGAGGUCCAUUCUUAACCUGAAACUGUUCUUAACCUGAAGCACCACUUUAGCUAAUGGGGCCUCCUGCUGCCGCCGCACCGCAGAAGCAUGAUUUCUGUUCUCAUCCUGAAGCAAAGUUCUUAACCCGAGGUACUAUUUCUGGGUUAGCAGAGUCUGUAACCUGAAGCGUAUGUAACCCGAGGUACCACUGUAAUCCUCUUUUAAAGCCAUCUAGGUUGGUGGCCUUCUCUGCCUCCUAUGCAAGCGAGUUUAACUACGUGCUGCAUGAAAAAGUACGGGCAACUUCCUAUUUCUGUGUGGGGGAUAUGUGCACAUUUAAGUGAAAAUGUGUAUACAGUAUUGGGAACACCAUUGAAAAAAGCCUGUGAACACCCUCUAAACCAGGGGUCAGCAAACUUUUUCAGCAGGGGGUCAGUCCACUGUUCCUCAGACCUUGUUGGGGGCCAGAUUAUAUUUUUGGGGGGUGGGGAAAUGAAUGAAUUCCUAUGCCCCACAAAUAACUCAGAGAUGCAUUUUAAAUAAAAGGACACAUUCUACUCAUGUAAAAACAUGCUGAUUCCCGGACCGUCCGUGGGCCAGAUUUAGAAGGCGAUUGGGCCAAGUCCAGCCCCCGGGCCUUAGUUUGCCUACCCAUGCUCUAAACCUCUGGAAGCCCUUGAAAAACCUUUUAAAAAACAAACCCCACCAAACUUCACCAAAACCAUUCCCUCCAAACCUCCUUGCUCAAACUCCAGCUCUCCACAGCCUCCCAAGGUAGGUGCAAGGGCUCCUGGGAUUGCACUUGCAAAGGUUCGUGGGAUUCUUAGACGCUGUUUGUGUGCAAUUUUUGCUGUUUCUGUACUAUUUUGAGGCCGUUUUUGACCCUUUUCAUGCCACUUCCGGCUUCACAGCGAUGCAUGAGGUCGCGGUCGCUUGUGCCUUGAACACAGGUAAAUAGGGGAGUUGCCUGUAUGUCCUUUUAUAAGGGAGCUUCGUGGAUAAUUGCAACAUGCAUGGCAGAUAGAAGGAGCCCACAUCAGACACUUGUAGGCCAUGGGCUCUUUAGCAGAAGCUGGUGCUGGUUUACAUUCACACAGAUUUCAUGUAGGGGAAGUCCCUCCUUUUGAAGCCAGAAAGGGACGCAAGCCCUCAUGGUUCUGGAGACAACUGCCUUUGCAUCCUUUUGGCCUGUCUUGGUGGUACGGCGGACCCUUGUGCAGUUGCUGGUGCUGGGCUGGUUCUUUUCCUUUCUUUUUUUCCCUGGCUUGCUUCGCCACCCCCCUCCCAGCAACGCAGCCUGCCAACCCCGGCUGCCAGCCAGCCAGCCAAUUCUAAUUCUAAUCCAUUGCCUAAUUAGCCGGCCAUGACCAGGGAGAGAUUAAUCGUGAGCAGCCUUUAAUCAAGCCUAAUGCAAUUAAACAUGCCUGCUUAUGCUUGAAUGGGGAGGGGCAUUUAAAGGGGCCUGAAAAGGGGGGGCAGGGCACAUGGGUGAAUCAAAUUCCACACCCAUGUGGGGAGAUGAGCAACAGGGGAAGAAUGCCCCUCCCGCUUUUGCAGGGCGUCUUGCCAUCAACUGCCUCUCCUUCCGUGCUUCUCAUUCCCCCAAGUUUGUGGAAGGGCUGUGGCUCAGGGGGUGUGGGGCAGAGCAUCUGAUUUACAUGUAGAAGGCCCCUGGUUCCAUCUCCAGGUAGGGCUGGGGGAGACCGCAUCUGAAAUCUUGGAGAGCCGCCACAUGCCAAAAGCAUCUGAUUGGCCACUGUGAGAACAGGCAGCUAGACUAGAUGGGCCUUUGCCCUGAUCCAUAAAGGCUCUUCUUAUGUUCUUCUUCAUUCAUAAAAUAAUUAAUGCAUCCACUCACUUUUCAUUCAUGCAGCAGUAUUGGGCGGCGAUCAGAGGAUCUUUCUGCAGAGCAGUUAACAUGUCUGGGGUGGUGGUGGUGCAGGAGGAGGAGGAGGAGGAGGUAUGCACCUAGUAUGAACAGUGCUGGGGCGAGUGAGCCUCGGCUUUGCCACUUCCUGCUUCUUCCCAGGUUGUCAAGGGAGGGCACCUUCAGCUGUCGAAGCUGGUGGAGCUUAAGACACAACCCUGCCCCACCAAAAAAUGCCCAGUGGAGGCCACCCAUGGAUAGAUUUCAGCUGGCAUUUUCCUCAGGCGGUUGCCAGCCUGCUUUUUAAUCCCGCUUCCAGAACCUUUGAGCGAUCUCCCCACAGAUAAAGACUUGGGAACUGAGGGAUGCACUUGUCAGUCAGUCCACAAACAUUCCUUUCAUUUUAUUUUGCUGGCUAAGAACGAAAGGCGGCGUUUGCAAAGGAUUCUGGGAUGGGCAAUGCCGUCUGCCUGCUCAAGAAGCUAAACACUCUACACUCGGGAUCUAAUCCAAUUCGACGUACUCGUCACCCGUACGGUUUCGUUUCAGUUCUCACUUCGCUAUUUUUAACUGUUCCUGAUCCGGUCCUUCAGCUUUUCGGAAAUAGCGUUGCUGUUCAACUUUUUUAUGAUGAUUUCAGAGCUGACUGAAAACUCAAUGAGCCGAUGAUUGCCCAUUGAAGCAUGCAUCUUGCUGCAGGGUUACUGUCUGUUCAAGUGAGGAUGAUGAGGCGGUGAUGGAUUUCUUCCCCACACCCAGCCACUCACUGGAGUUACAGCUCUUUGCCAUUUCUUUUCUUGUCAGCCGGCUAGCAUUUUCACGUAUAUUGCCAAGCAAAUGAUGACUCACCACACCCCCAAAAGCUCAGUUCAUAAUUGGUCAAGGGCCAAGGCAUAGCUCUCAGGGAGUGCUGAUAAUUCCCCCUCAACCUCCCCACACACUUUGCCCAGGAAAAAAAGAACAAAAACUGCAAAUUGUCUUUUUGCAUGGAUUAAUAAGUAUAAACAAGAUGAUAGGAAAAUUAACCCAUUACUAUGACGUUGUUAAAAAAAAAAUACGUGCAUCAGACUUGCCCUUGAACUCUCACAAAAUACACACAAAGCCCAUUUUGGGUUCCAUCAACAGAUGUCAUGGAUUCACAUUAAGAUGCAAGACAGUGGCUGUGCUUUCUCUGUGCAUUUGGCUAAGCCACAGGGGCAAAAGGCGAGAGAAAGGUUAACGAUAAAACAAUGAAUGUUAAUGGUGGUUAAUGGCUAACAUAAUCACGUCAACACUUCACCUGUGAUGUUAAAGUAAAUACACAUUUCUGCAAUACCCAGUUAGCAGACAGUUGAGGACAAAUUUGGUGAUGGUGUCCACACUUGUGUUUGUCCCAUGCCUAGGAAGCAUGGGUCUGAGAGCUUUUUGCCUGGGAAAACCCGCUCUGUACCACUGAAUUGGAGCAAAUGCCCACUUGCAGAAAACCCAAUUGCUGUUUGCACCAGUUCUGUGAUAAAUAGCAGGUUUUCCCUGGUGGAAAGUGGGGAGGGGGGGGAGUCUGGACGAGUCGUAAAUUGUGUGGGAACAAAUGUUGUCAUAUUAGAAAAAUGCUAAAAGCAAAACAGUAUUAGGGGAAAUCUGCAAGGAAGGUUGGCUUGCAAAGAGCGGACAAGCAGUCUGUGGGCCAGUUCAGUUUGCUCAUAGCAAAUUCUGCCACCCUCCCUGCUUUACACACACACACACACACACAACCACACAAGCCCAGUUUUGCGGAGCCCAGGGUAAACACACGAAAAGGCUAUUAAGUGGCAAGACAUUUUCUCAUGGAAAUUUGGGAAGAUGGAAACAGGGUGGGUGGGUUGAGUCCUUCAUUAGCUCUUCUUCCCUGCGCAUCGAUAGGACUUGUAUUUAUUAGAAGUGUGGCACCCCUGCCGUUGUUUCAGGAGGUGAGGCGCUAGUGGAAUAAGCAGUAGCAGUCUCUUUGACAUGCUGUGAAUAUAAUGUCAAACAUUCAGGGAGAGGGAAAGGCAGUCUGCCAAAUGGAAGGAAACAUCCAGCACCAACAGCAUUUGUGUGCAACUGAAACAUAGAAUGCAGGGAACAUUGGGGGGGCGGUGUGGCUGUUGUUUGUUGACAGGGCAACUGCUUAGCAUACAGAAGGUGCCAGGGUCAAUCCCUGAUGGCAUCUCCAGGUGGGGUUGGGAGAGAUCCCUGCCUGAAACCGUGGAGAUCUGCUGCCAUUCAGUGUAGACAACACUGAGCUAGAUGGACCUCAUUGUCCACUUGGAAUUCCGAACCCAAAGAGUCCAUCUCAUCCUCUUCCACAUCUGUCUCCCCAAACCCUCCCACCCCAGUUGUAAAAAAAAGUCAUGGACCAGGGCAGAAAAUAUAUCUGACUGCUUCCCCCACCUGCAAGGGAACAGGAUAUUUGGGCUUACACCAUCUCUUGUUUCCUUGCACUCCCACCCCAGGGAAGGCCUCUGUCUUGAGCUAGGGCUAUAAGGAGGCACAAUGAUUUCUGCCCUCCCUGGGUCCUUCGCAAUCAGCACUGUUUCCAUUCUGCUGCAGUUCAGCUUGCUUAGUUUCUGUUAAAUGCAUUACCAACGCUAACCAGUAAUGCUUUACUGCUUCUGUUCCACUUCUAAACCUACCCAAACACCUUUUUUCUCUUCCUUUUUUGCAGGAAGCUGGAGAAAGUUCACAACAACUUCAUGGAUGAGAAGGACCGGGUCAUAACCCAGAUAUAUAAUGAGAGCAAGGAACGGGCUAGGUACAUAUAUUCUCAUUUUUUUUAACCCCACAUAAAUGACCCUCAAUGUGAACUGUAUUCUUUCUACAACAUGACUGUAUUUUCCUUAAUUUCCAUAAUUUAUUUUUAAGUUUUGCUAAGUACAGUCAAAGCUCUGGGUAGCACUGAACCCUACAAGUUGUCCACAUUGUGAAUUUAAAGCACUAUUAUACCAUUUCAGCAGUUAUGGAGAAUCCAGAGAACUGUACUUCAUUAAGGGUGCUGAGAACUGUACUGCACCAUUAACAAACCACAGUUCCCAGGAUCCUUUGGAGGAAGCCCGUUAAAGUGGUAUAAAAGUACUUUAAAUGUAUGGUGUGACCACUGGAAGUCUUUUUUUCCCUUCCUAUUUUUUUUAAGUGACUUUACUGGGCAAUUGCCACCCCCAACAGGUGAAACCCAUGAGGCUAUGAGGACUAGAAACUUGCCUCUUAAAAGUAAAUAAAUAAAUUGAAAGCUGAGAUCCUUGAGAUGCGGAUUUCUGCCCCUGGUACCUUAUUUUUAAUUUGUUCUGAUUUCUUUGCAGGGAGGUUAUAUAAUAACAGGCACUCAUUGUCAUUCCAUUCUGAUUUUCUUGCGUGGUGGUUGCAUGUCUUUCCACUAGUCAGUCCUUUAUCCCACACUCCUUAGUACAUUUCCUAACUUUGUUUUCCUAACUUCAAAAAGGUCUGCCUGUUGUUUUUAACGUGGAUUCGUUGCACCAGAGCUGUUUGAUCUCCUUUAAUUGUGCAAACCUAAAUUUCCAGUACGCAACUGAAUCCUUCCUGUAAAACAGUCUGGAAGGGACAGUGGCUUCUUCUCCCAAGGUAUCCUGGGAUUCUCUCUUAGGAUGUCUCCAGAUGGUCUGUCUUUUGCACAAGGGAUUCAUGCGCUUAUCAGAACUUUAGGUUUGGGCGUUUAAAGCGGAUUAAAGGGCUCUGUCGUCCUAGCACAACAAAUCUACUUCAAAAAACAACAACAAAUGCCAACUUCUUUCAGUUACAAUAGUUAUGGGAAGAUGCACUGGAAAGUGCAGGGUGAGCGAACGAUUAGCAGGCAGACAAAUUAAUGUUAACUGUAAACCCAGAUACUGUAUUUCCCACCCAUCCUUGGUUUUAACAUGGGGCUGUUGGUUGGUUUGGUUGUAAGCCACUCUGGUUUGGCUUGGGCAAGCUAAAAUGACUAACAAAUGUGAUACACAAACAAACCACCCUUUAUCAAAAUAUCUUGCGAUUCGCAAGAUAAAAAUACAAUAUAAAAGUUAAACUAGAAUAAAUAGUUUCUAUCACACAAAUAAAUAGUUAAACUAGAAGCAACAAAACUAUAAGUCCCUGCCCAGCUCAUAAUAAGGCUGCACUUAAGAAGUUGGUAUCAUUGAAACCUGGGAUAAGAAUUCAUUGCAGAGCAACGUGUGCUUAUGUGGAACACAGUACUAAGGUUUGCAGCGCUUUUGAGUAGGCUCUUGAUUUACUGUAGGGGUGGGGAACCUCAGGCCCAAGCUGCAAAUGUGGCCCUCCAGGCCCCUCUGCCUGGCCCUCGGAAGUCUCCCCAGCCACACCUCCUCUCUAGGCCAUGCCUCUCAUUGUCCCUGCUUUGCACCCUCCUUGAAUGCUUUUGCCUGGCUGGAAUGUGUCCUUGAACUCUGAUGGUGCUUCUUGCUUGCCUGGAUAUGGAGAGAGACAUCUCUCCCUCCCUCCCUCUCUCUCUCUCUCUCUCUGUGUGUGUGUGUGUGUGUCUUCUUUCUGUGUGUGUACCACUGAUUUCUGCAUGACUGCAAUGGGGCUUCCUGUGCAUGGGUGAGAAUCCCAUCCAUUGCUCUGCCCUCUUUUGGCCAUCACUGGCUCCUUGGAAGGUUCCCGCAAUGUCAGUGUGCCCCUUGGGCUGAUAAAGGUGGCUGCUUGUUUUAGCACUCUGCAACACUGAGCUUGCUUGCCUGGAGGAAGCCUGGUUGGUUCUCACCCGCGGUGCCUGUGCUUCCCCCACCCCCAGGUCCAUCGGCUUCCAGAAGCAGCAGGAGCUACUGCGGCAGAAGCAUGCCGAAUUCGCCCAGCGAAACAGCGCUAUCUCCAAGCAGGUUCCGGGAGGAGCCUUGGACUCUGGGAGGGAAAAGGCUCUCCCCAUCUCCACUGCCAAAUGAAAAGAAAAACUGAGUUGGACCUGAAAUCCUCAAGCCUGGGUUCCCUGCCUUUGAUUGUGGCCAGCUGCUGAGGAAGGGGCAUUUCUGAGCCUCCACCACCCAUUUCUCCACUUGUCCUCCUUCCUAAUAGAAACAUCGCUGUACAGUGAAAACUGGG